GAAGUGAUCAUUGUGAUUUUUCAAGCGCGAUUCUUGAUUCGACAAACCCACCAUCGAAAAAUAAAUCAUACAUGAGUUGACUCAUGAUUUUAUUGAUUGCCUUGUUUCUGGAGUCAACCAAUCUUCAGUCUUUUGCAUAAGUAUGUUUCGACCAUCCGAAAACAAUAUUUACGCCAGAAUUAUGGAAAACGAGAUAUUGCUGGACAGACUGGAAACGUGCACUUCACAUACCAACUUAACACAGACUUUUGAGCAGGUGGCGAAAACCAUAUAUCAAGUAGGUAGGUGCUAGACUACGAUUCCACAAUGUGCAGCAAAUGUUCGAACAAAGCCAAACGAUGGUGGUCGUUGGGUAUCUCGGUUGGAAUCUGUGUGAUAGCGAUUGCACUCGGCGUGUCGUGGCCCUUCAUAAUCGAGAAAGAGGUUGAAAAACAGUUUGUCUUUACGCCUGGAACACAGCUGUACGACAACUGGCUGAAUCCACCGAUCGAUACCCUUCUGGAGCUGUACCUAUGGAACUGGACCAAUACGGAGGACUAUCGCAGCGACAACUACAAACCUCAUUUGGAGCAGUUGGGACCGUACACGUUCCGGGAGAAGAAGGAACGCGUUGAUCUGAAAUGGGAUGACGAUGAGGAUACACUCACCUUCUACCAGAGGCGCACAUGGCACUUCGAACCGGAAAUGUCCAAGGGAGACUUGGAGAACGAUAUGGUUGUGACUAUCAAUCCCAUUUUACUGACCAUAGGUUUCAUGAUCCAGGAUAGCCCAUACCAAGAUUUCAUAGACAGCAUACUCAACCUCAAUCCGCAAUUCGUAGACAACCCAUUCUACAACGUUAGAGUCAAAGAUAUUCUAUUCGACGGCUAUGAUGAUGUGCUUCUUGCUAAUUUAAUAAAGCUUUUAGAAGAGAAUGAGGGUUUAGCGGGCUUGUUCGAAUUGCCACCGUUUGACAAGUUUGGAUGGUUCUACGGUAGAAACGAAAGCGAAACCUACGACGGAAACUUUACCAUUGCUAGAGGCACGUCUAACUUUCAGGAUUUGGGAAUCCUAAAGCUUUGGAACGCGGUCAACCAAACUGAGUUCUACCGAGAUGAAUGCGGAGCGGUGCACGGAACAACCGGAGAGCUGUGGCCACCGUUCCAAGACCGCAUGCUUUCAAACGUUACGGUUUUUUCGUCGGACAUCUGCAGUGCGAUGACGCUGGAGUAUGACGGCGGUUCUAGGGUACAUGGUAUAGCUGGCCUCAAGUGGAAGGGCAAUGAACGGGUUUUUAAUAAUGGUAAUAACUACACUGAGACUGAGUGCCAGUGCACAGCUCCAAAAGAGCAGUGCCCGGUUUUGAAAGCCGGCGCUAUGGACGUAUCACGCUGUAAAAUGGGAGCUCCGGCGACCGUUUCAUAUCCACAUUUCUACUUGGCCGAUGAGUCAUAUCUUGCCGAAGUAGAGGGUUUGGAACCAGAAGAAGAAGAACACAAGUUUAUUAUGGUACUGGAACCACAUACCGGAAUUCCUCUUCAAGUGAAGGCUCAGCUGCAGGUUAACCUUGAUGUGAAGGAAUACGGACUAACCUUGCUGAAAGACAUACCGGAAGUUAUGCUUCCCGUUCUUUGGUUUCGACAAACAGCACAACUAAAUGAAGAACUCGCCAGCGAUUUGAAGUUGUUACUAAUUCUACCAAACAUUGGAAUCUACGUAGCUGUAGGCAUCGGGAUACUUGGCAUUGCUUGUUUGGCGAUGUAUUCGUAUUACUCUCUAAAGGUCUGGAAAUAGAUGCUUCCCGUGUUCGUAAAUAAAGAACCAAACAUUUUU